AGAAAAGAGAUGGAAGAUUGGAUUGCAGCACUGAAGACUAUCCAGAACAGGGAGCAUUUUGAGGUUAAAAAGGAAAAAGCAUCCCUCUACAGAUGCCUGUUUUUACCUCUGUUGCCCUCGCCCUAGCGUCCUGCCAUCUGGGUAUCUGCACGUUCUGGAGCUCACCUUCUCAGCACGUUCCUCGUAAAACUAAGGCUUGUUGCUCGUCCCAUUGGCAGACCUGUCAGACUAUGACCCUGUUCUUUAUAAACCUCCUCCACUCCUCUCUUGGAUGCUUUAUUUAAUCCUGUUCGUGUUUCAGAGGGACGUCUUAUCUCUCCAUCUUUAUUUCAUUCUCUCAGCCUACCCAGUACAGCAUGGACCAUUUCUCAGGGAUGCACAACUGGUACGCCUGUUCCCACGCGCGGCCGACCUAUUGCAACGUGUGCCGGGAGGCCCUGUCUGGGGUCACAUCCCACGGGCUGUCCUGUGAGGUGUGCAAAUUUAAGGCCCACAAACGGUGUGCUGUGCGCGCAACCAAUAACUGCAAGUGGACCACGCUGGCCUCGAUCGGAAAGGACAUCAUUGAGGACGAGGAUGGGAUUGCCAUGCCCCACCAGUGGCUGGAAGGAAACCUGCCUGUGAGCGCCAAGUGCACAGUGUGUGACAAGACCUGUGGCAGCGUGCUGCGCCUGCAGGACUGGCGCUGCCUCUGGUGCAAGGCCAUGGUUCACACGUCAUGUAAAGAAUCCUUAGUGACCAAGUGCCCACUCGGCCUGUGUAAGGUGUCAGUCAUCCCUCCCACGGCCCUCAACAGCAUUGACUCGGACGGCUUCUGGAAGGCCACCUGUCCUCCGUCUUGCACAAGCCCACUGUUGGUCUUCGUCAAUUCAAAAAGUGGGGACAACCAGGGUGUGAAGUUCCUCAGAAGAUUCAAACAGCUGCUGAACCCUGCCCAGGUCUUUGACCUCAUGAAUGGAGGACCACACCUUGGCUUACGGUUAUUCCAGAAGUUUGACACGUUUCGGAUUCUGGUUUGUGGUGGGGAUGGCAGUGUUGGCUGGGUCCUCUCUGAAAUCGACAGCCUCAACCUUCACAAACAGUGCCAGCUGGGGGUGCUGCCCCUCGGGACAGGGAACGACCUGGCACGUGUGCUCGGCUGGGGCUCGGCCUGUGAUGACGACGCCCAGCUCCCCCAGAUCCUGGAAAAGCUGGAAAGAGCGAGCACCAAGAUGUUGGACAGGUGGAGCAUCAUGGCGUACGAGAGCAGACUCCCUCGGCAGGCCUCCUCCUCCACCGUCACCGAAGACUUCAGUGAGGAUUCUGAGGUGCAGCAAAUUCUUUUCUAUGAAGACUCGGUGGCAGCCCAUCUUUCUAAAAUCCUGACUUCGGACCAGCACUCAGUGGUGAUCUCAUCAGCCAAAGUGCUAUGUGAGACCGUGAAGGACUUUGUGGCCCGGGUGGGGAAGGCCUACGAGAAGACGACUGAGAGCUCCGAGGAGUCAGAGGCCAUGGCCAAGAAGUGCUCGGUCCUGAAAGAGAAGCUGGACUCUCUCCUCAAGACCUUGGAUGACGAGUCCCAGGCCUCGUCCUCUCUGUCCAACCCACCCCCCACCAUUGCCGAGGAGGCUGAAGAUGGAGACGGGGCAGGCAGCGUCUGUAGCCCCUCUGGGGACCACUCAGUGGGGUCGGCGUGCCCGGCCCGGCCCCAGAUAUUCCGGCCUCGGGAGCAACUCAUGCUGAGAGCCAACAGCCUGAAGAAGGCGAUUCGCCAGAUCAUAGAGCACACGGAGAAAGCUGUUGAUGAGCAGAACGCACAGACCCAGGAGCAGCAGGGGUUCGUCCUUGGUCUCUCUCAGUCAGAGGAGAAGACGGAUGACAGGGUGUGCCCACCGCUGUCCCACAGCGAGAGCUGCGGGGUCAUCAAGGGGAGGAGUCAGCGCAAAGUGUCUAAAUCCCCAUGUGAAAAGCUGAUCAGCAAAGGAAGUUUGUCUCUGGGCAGCUCUGCCUCUCUUCCUCCCCAGUCAGGAAGCCGGGACUGCCUGCCUGCGCUAAACACCAAGAUCCUGUACCCACAUGUCCGGGCCGGGAUGUCUGGUUCCUUGCCUGGGGGCUCAGUCAUCAGUCGCUUAUUAAUUAAUGCUGAUCCCUUUAACUCCGAACCAGAAAACCUAGAGUAUUAUACAGAGAAGUGUGUCAUGAACAACUAUUUUGGCAUUGGCCUGGAUGCAAAGAUAUCUCUGGACUUUAACAACAAGCGUGAUGAGCACCCAGAGAAAUGCAGGAGUCGAACCAAGAAUAUGAUGUGGUAUGGAGUCCUUGGUACCAAAGAGCUGCUGCACAGAACCUACAGGAACCUGGAGCAGAAGGUGUUGCUGGAGUGUGAUGGACGACCCAUCCCGCUCCCCAGUCUUCAGGGAAUCGCUGUGCUUAACAUUCCCAGCUAUGCCGGAGGGACCAACUUCUGGGGGGGCACCAAGGAGGAUGACACUUUUGCAGCUCCGUCAUUUGAUGAUAAGAUUUUGGAAGUGGUGGCCGUGUUUGGCAGCAUGCAGAUGGCCGUCUCUCGUGUGAUCAAGCUGCAGCAUCACCGGAUCGCACAGUGUCGCACGGUGAAGAUUUCCAUCCUGGGGGAUGAGGGCGUGCCUGUGCAGGUGGAUGGGGAGGCCUGGAUCCAGCCCCCAGGGUACAUUCGGAUUGUCCACAAGAACCGGGCCCAGACGCUGACCAGAGACAGGGCGUUUGAGAACACCCUGAAGUCCUGGGAAGACAAGCAGAGGGGUGAGCUGCCCCGCCCGCCCUCUUUCUCUCUGCACCCCGAGAUCCUGUCUGAGGAGGAGGCCACCCAGAUGGACCAGUUCGGGCAGGCAGCAGGGGUCCUCAUUCACAGUAUCCGGGAAAUAGCUCAGUCCCACCGAGACGUGGAGCAGGAACUUGCUCAUGCUGUCAACGCCAGCUCCAAGUCCAUGGACCGCGUGUAUGGCAAGCCUAGAGCUGCCGAGGGGCUGAACUGCAGCUUCGUCCUGGAGAUGGUGAAUAACAUCAGGGCUCUGCGCAGUGAGACGGAGCUGCUGCUGGCCGGGAAGAUGGCCCUGCAGUUGGAUCCCCCUCAGAAGGAGCGGCUCGGAGCUGCUCUUGCCGAGAUGGACCGACAGCUCAGGAAGCUGGCUGACACCCCCUGGCUCUGCCAGCCCGUGGAGCCUGGUGAGGAGGAGAGCGUGAUGAUGGACCUUUCCAAACGCAGCCGCAGUGGUAAAUUCCGCCUUGUGACCAAGUUUAAAAAGGAGAAGAACAACAGGAACAAAGAAGCCCACAGCAGCCUGGGAGCCCCGGUUCACCUCUGGGGGACAGAGGAGGUUGCUGCCUGGUUGGAGCACCUCAGUCUCUGUGAGUAUAAGGACAUCUUCACGCGGCACGACAUCCGGGGCUCUGAGCUCCUACACCUGGAGCGGAGGGACCUCAAGGACCUCGGCGUGACCAAAGUGGGCCACAUGAAGAGGAUCCUGUGUGGGAUCAGGGAGCUGAGCCGGAGCGCCCCUGCCGCCGAGGCCUAGCCUUCGCCCUCUCGGCCUGUGUCCUCUGCUCCCCCCACCACUGAGGGUGCCGCUGCCGCCACCGCUGCAGCCCCGACCCUUCUCACGGUGCUACUCCUUUGUCUGCGACAGGAAGCCUCUCUGACGCCCAUUCGUGACAGCUCUGGGGUCUUGAACAUACCAACAUAGCUACCUUGAAACAACACUUUCCCAAAUCGGAGCCAUUCAGGGCAAACUGUGUCAUGCCCACCCCCAGCUCCCACCUACCUGUGUCACGGGCCAUGGGGACGCUGGCGAAGUCCAGCCUCCCGGGCACCAGGCACUCCUGCAGAACCUACCUGCCUUGGCCACAUGCUCAGAUUGUCCUGUGGGCUCCUCUCCAUGUGUCCUUCAAUAGCACUAUUUCCUGGCUCCUGCUGGAAGCGUGGUUGGGACCAGCCUGAGGUGGUCCCACGGCAAAAUGUCCUCUGUGCCUGACAGCCACCUCGUGGUUCUUCUCAGCAGCCCCACGAGGCAGCCCACUGCUGUCGUCCUGUUAAUUAAUAAGGUUUUUAGAAAAACAAAGGUCCUGCUCUUUCCUGGUUUGAAAGUGGCAUGGAUAUGUUUCCAGUCCUGUUUGUUAUAAUUUGACAUGAAGGGAAAGAAAAAAAUGCCUCUCAAUGCAAGCCAGCAGGCAACUGCA